GAACGGCGAAUUAAAGGUGCUCAGUGCGUCAUCACGUAUCAGUUAAACCGCACGCUAAAAGUGGCUAUCUAGACUAUUUUUUCUGUACGUGUAAAAGUAAUAUGAGUGCAAAAAUUACUCACAAGGAAAGUCUUCCUGGCCAGAACUACAUCAAGCGUCGACGAACCGAGCCGGCACUCAUUCUUGCUACUGAAAAAGAUCAACCCAAGCAACACAAUGGACCACUUAGCAAUUCAGGCAGCGCGGAUCCCCCGCCAUCCUCUGCCGUGGAUCCUGUUGGAACCUCAAAAAUGGUAAGAAGUGAGGAGGAUCGCACCAAAUGUCAAACCUCGGCUUCACCAUCGACAUCCGAGGCGGAAUCAUCAUCUUCCGACGAUGAUGAUGAAGUCAUUGAGCGAGAACGAGAGCGACUAGCUCAACUGCACAGAAAAAAUGCAGCCCCCGGCGAUGGCAGUGGUGAAACCGGACCCGACUCUGCCGCAUCAGGAGGUACGCACACAAAAAUUGGGAGUUAUAACUACGAUGUUCUCUUUCGUCGCCCCGAGUGGCAAAAUAAACCAUCUGAGAAGCCAGCAGACAAGUGGAAAUCAGUUAUCAAUAACAAACAAGAAUCAGAAUCGUUUCGACAAUUCAUGAAAAAACACUUUAAAUGAACCUAAAAAAAAAUCCGUUGCGUGGAAAAAUAGAAAAAUCGGAGAAUAUUUUACGCUGGUAGUGAAAAAAAUAAUGAAAUGAUAAUUCAGUUAGAAAAUCAAACAUUGAUGCAAACAGCAUCUGCUGAUGUCAGGUAAUGUUCUUCGAGCAAUAUGCUCGCCCCCCACCCUCUGAGGAGAAAGGGGGGGUGAAUG